AUGGAUCCUGAGAAACCCGAGAUCUUACAUGGGGAUAAUAUUUCGAAUUCCGGAAAAUCCGCGAAUAGGGCUGAAAUUGAACAUGUUGCAGGGAAAGAUGGAUAUGUGUUGAAUGACGCUUCUCUUGCCCAUGAUCAUGGUCUGAAGACAACUCAAGAUGGAGGAACUAUUCUCAUCCCACAGCCAAGUGACUCGCCCAAUGAUCCAUUGAAUUGGACACAAUUCCGCAAGAAUGUGAUUCUCAUAAUUAUAUCCUGCACGGCAUUUCUUCCAGACUAUGGAAGUGCAACGGGAUCAGUGACUCUGAGUCCACAGGGCGAGGAAUGGAAUAUGGAUCCUAAUAUCGUCAACCACUCACAAGUCGGUAAUGUGUUUAUGCUCGGUGCUGCUGGCCCUAUUGUUGUGGCUCUUUCCGCAUACUUCGGUCGAUAUCCUAUUCUAUUCUGGUGGACAUUACUGGCGUUAGCAACGGCAAUUUGGUGCGCGGCUGCUCAAAGCUUUGAGUCAUUCAUGGCCGCGCGAAUUCUGAAUGGAUUCUUUUCAACGGUUGCUCAGAGCGGUGGUCUAAUGUUCAUAAAAGACAUGUUCUUUCUCCACGAACAUGCCCGCAAAAUCAACAUCUGGUCCGGCUUUAUAGUUCUCUCUCCAUAUAUGGGUCCACUCCUUGGAGCAUUCAUAGUCAACACUCAAAUAUGGCAAUGGGCCUUCGGCAUCUAUACCAUUGAAACAGGGUUAUGCCUAAUAGCCAUUAUACUAUUCGUUGAGGAAACGUACUAUGACCGCCACACAAUACAACCGGAACUUGUUCCUAAUGCUCCGCGUUGGCAUCGGGUAAUUGGUAUCCAGCAGAUUCAAACAAAAUAUAUUAAAAACUCGUUUAAAGAUGCGAUAAUGCGUCCUUUCGUGAUACUCGGCAAGCCGGUUGUGGUCUUAGCAGUGUUUUUCUACCUCCUCACCUUUGCUUGGGUGGUUGGUAUCAAUACCACAUUGUCUAUCUUUCUGGCACCGAAGUAUGGCUUCGGGGCUAAGCAAAUAGGCUUCUUUUACUUCACACCCGUUGUUGCUGCCAUCCUCGGCGAGAUAACAGGGCAUUGGCUUCAUGAUUUUAUCGCAAAGCUAUACGCUAAGCUCCACGGUAAUCACCUCGAGCCUGAAGCUAGACUGUAUGCCAUAUGGUUCGCAAUUCCCUUCAUGGCACCAGGGUUGAUUUUACUUGGAUUCUCCCUGGAGCGACAUUAUCACUAUAUGCUCGCGGCGCUAGGCUGGGGCCUGUAUGUGUUUGGGAUCAUGAUCAUCACCGUGGCUGUCAAUUCGUAUGUGCUGGAUGCGUCCCCUGAAGCAAGUGGGGAGGUGGCUGCUUGGGUCAAUUUUGGAAGAACAACAGGUGGCUUUAUAUGUUCUUAUUUUAUGGUUGAGUGGGCUGAGAAAAUGGGGACUAUUCGACAGUUCGGGACUAUGUGUGGGAUCUUGGGAGGUGCAUGUUUGAUUGUUGUUGGGCUUCAGGUUUGGGGGAAGACAUUGAGGAUUUGGGCUGGACCAGCUCGAUUCAAGACGGUUUGA